CCUACUUCGCGCUCACUUCGUUCUCGACGAGAGGAAUUGGAAAGAAACGAUGAGUAGUUGGAGAACCCUCCUUCUACGAAUCGGCAACAAGUGUCCGGAGUACGGCGGCAGCGCCGACGUCAAAGAACACAUUGAAACGUGUUGUGGAGUUGUCCGGCGAGAGUUGGAGCACUCCGCCGGCGACAUUUCAAGUUUCCUUAUUCAAUGUGCCGAGGGAUUGCCUCACAAGAUUCCGCUGCUUGGGACUGUGAUUGGCUUGCUGAACCUGGAAAAUGAGAACUUCGUAAGGGGAGUCAUCGAGACUACUCAGACUCGUUUCCAGGAGGCAUUGGAUUCUGGCAAUUGUGAUAGGAUUCGUGUUCUGGUGCGAUUUCUAACUGCUCUGAUGUGUAGUAAAGUUCUCCAGGCUGCUUCCCUUGUGGUUGUUUUUGAAACAUUGCUGUCUUCUGCUGCCAUCACAGUUGAUGAGGAGAAGGGAAAUCCUUCAUGCAAUUUAUGCGCAGCAAGUUCCCGAGGAGAUGGAGUGAGUUAUGGUUGGCGUAGAGGCAUAUUUGAGCAUAAGAAGUCAUUAUGCAGACACUGGCUUGUCCUUUUUGAGGAUGAUAAUGAUUUAAGCGCAGGUGAAAAGGACUUCUUGGAGGAUUUGUGGGAUCGAAUAAAGUUCCUAUCCAGUAAUGGAUGGAAAGCUGACAGUUUUCCCCGACCUCACCUGGCAUUCGAAGCUCAAUUGGUUGGUGGAAAGGCUCAUGAGUUUGGUCCCAUCAAUGCACCGGAGCAACCUGAACCGCUGUCACAAUUUUCUGGGAUAACCUAUGGCAGAGAGAAGCACAAUGCAGAAUUAAGGUAUCCUCAGAGGAUACGGAGGCUAUAUAUAUUUCCGACGGGUAAAAGUGAGGAUAUGCAACCGGUAGAUCGUUUCAUUGUGGAAGAGUAUCUACUGGAUGUACUUUUGUUCCUCAAUGGCUGUUUUGUCAAUAUCCUCUAUGUUUUUACUCGAAAGGAAUGUGCUUCAAAAAUGGUUAGCCUGCCCGUGCCCUUCCGAUAUGAGUAUCUUAUGGCAGAGACUCUUUUUUGCGCAGAGGAUGGCUCAUCAUUUAACUCAACAAGGGAAGUCUCUUUCAUUUCAUCUGCUGACGUCUUUGAUAGAUUUUGCUACAGAUAUGUUGUAUGGUUACUCUUGCUUCCACAACCUCCAUUCAGACCAUUGUAUUACACAUUGGUUAUCAUGGACCUCUGUAAGGCUUUACCUGGGGCAUUUCCUGCCGUUGUAGCUGGAGCUGUCCGUGCUCUUUUCGAGAAGAUUGCUGAUUUAGAUAUGGAGUGCCGCAAUCGACUCAUCCUCUGGUUUUCCCACCAUUUGUCAAACUUCCAGUUCAUCUGGCGAUGGGAAGAAUGGGCUUAUGUUCUUGACCUUCCUAAAUGGGCGCCCCAGCGCGUGUUUGUCCAGGAGGUUGUGGAGAGAGAAGUGUGUCUCUCAUACUGGGAAAAGAUUAAGCAGAGCAUCGAGAAUGCACCUGCUUUAGAAGAGUUGCUUCCACCCAAAGGCAGUCCUAACUUCAAGUAUAGUGUCGAAGAUGGAAGAGAGAAAACAGAAUAUCAUGCAAUCUCCACAGAGCUCAGUAACAAGAGCUUCACGCACUUGAUUACUGUUCUGGAGAGGUAUGGCCAAGUCAUCACCCGACUCUGUCCAGACCUCGACAACCAGAUCUUGCUGAUUGCUGAAAUUCUGGGGAAUGCAAUUAGCAAGACUUAUAACCGUAUGUCAGAUUUGAGGAAGGAGGUGGUGUCUCUCAAGAAGAAUGUUCUAGUUGCUGAGGAAGCUGCAGCCAGGGCAAAAGCAGAGUUAGAUGCCUCUGAGUCUAAGCUUACUUUGAUGAAUGGAGAGCCCGUUAUGGGUGAUAGCCCUGUGAAGAUGAAGCGGUUGAAAUCACAUGCUGACAAAGCCAAAGAAGAGGAAGAAUCUGUGCGGGACUCUCUUGAUGCUAAGGAGGCUCUGCUUGCUCGAGCCACAGUUGAAAAAGAGGAACUGUUCCUUGCUUUGUACAAAAACUUCUCCAAUGUGUUGAAAGAGAGGCUGCCUGAUGCAUCUAAAGCUCAAACAUUACGAGACUUGAAGUCAACUCGAGGCGACGAGAUGGCUGUUGAUACUGAUCAACCAUCGACCAUGGAAGUAGAUGAUGAGAAUGGGGGAACUAAGAAAAGCAAGUCGAAUGGUGAGAGCGAGAGCAGCAAUGUCUGCAACAUUGGUGAAAAGGAGCAGUGGUGUUUAUCAACUCUAGGCCACAUCAAGUCCUUCUCCAGGCAAUACGCAUCCGAGGUUUGGUCGCACAUUGAGAAGUUAGACGCCGAGGUUCUAGCCCAAGACAUCCACCCUCUUUUCCGAAGAGCGGUAUAUUCGGGUUUGCGGCGACCCAUUAAUGAGCUUGCAUCUGGAUGAGCUGGAGUGGAUCUCUUUGUUGUAAUCCUUAUACAGUCCCCAAACGUUAGAAAAAUAUGUCGAUAGUUUGAGUUUGUCAAGGAUCCUUGAAUUCGAGCUCUUGAGUUCGUCUAUUGAUGAUCGGUCUUGACGGCUGUUUGCACCUGCUAAACUUACAAACCUGCAUUUUGCAUUUCUUUUGUUGGUAAAAUUGGUGCAAUCACCAUUACCUUUUAAAAAAUAGGAGAAAGGAGA